CUGCAGCUACAUUACACUGCAUGGCCUGAUAAAAGCGUUCCCCUAGAGGUUACAAGUCUUGUAGAAUUCCGACAAAGGGUGAAGGCAGUCCCGGUCACCUUAGGUGGACCAAUUAUAGUCCACUGCAGUGCUGGUGUAGGUAGAACAGGCACCUAUAUAGCUCUAGACCAGCUUACAGAGGAGGGCUCAAGUGUUGGGUCUGUUGAUGUAUUUAACUGUGUAAACAAAAUGAGGCAGCAAAGGGUCAAUAUGGUCCAAACCGCUGAGCAGUACACAUUUCUUCACAAAUCCCUGGUGCACUCACUUUCGUUCGGUUGCGAGGCACUGACAGCUGAGCAGAUACAAGGAAUUAUGAAUGCGACAGAUGACAAGAUGUUCACAAAAGUGUAUCAGACAUUACGACAGGAAGUUGACAUCAAGAGCAAGGAAGACAUAGAAACACGUGGAGAAAACCAAAAGAAAUAUAAGAACAAGAACCGACGCCAAUCUGAUAUACCUGGAGGCAGUAGUCGAGUACGGUUGUACCUCUCUAGGAAAGAUGGAAAACAUGACUACAUCAACGCCGUUUUCAUAAAUAGUUUCAGGAUCAAGAACCUGUUCAUUGCUGCACAGUCUCCGCUUCCAGGAACUGUUGAAGACUUUCUAAGCAUGAUAUAUCAACAAAAUAGUACAUGUGUGGUAGCAUUAGAGGAAUCACACAAUCAACCUAAUGACGUUGGACAAUAUCUUCCUGCUGACAAUGAAACUUUCACAUUUGGUAAUUUUACUGUAAUGAGCUCAAGGUGUGAGACAAAACCACAGUAUGACAUGAAGAAAUUGUCCAUUCGCAAUGAGAAGGGUGAAGAGAAAACAGUUUCUCACUUCCAAUACAAAAACUGGGGACAUUCUAAGAAGGUUCCAGAUAGCGCGGAAAAAUUUGUCCAGUUUAUAAAAGAAGUAGAAAACUGCAUCCACCGACAAACGGAGGACACGCCUAAUAUAGUAGUUCAUUGCUUGAAUGGCUACAAGAGAUCUGGAUUAUUUUGUGUCGUGUACAAACUGCUAGAGAAACUGGAGGCAGAGCGACAAGUCAGUGUUGUUAACAUUGUGAGGAAAGUCAGAACGCAUCGGAAGCAGUCUAUUACAUCUGUGGAACAACUCAAGUUCUGCUACCAUUGUGUUGUUGCCUAUAUGGAAAUAUACAACACCUACACAAACUUUGCUACGUGAGGACUUGAACAGCUCCUAGUUAAGAUAUUUAAUGUAUAUCGAGAGACAGAAGUAAACUAUGACACUGUACUAAUUACUGUCGAUCUAACAUAUAUCUCAAAACUUACAAUUAGUAUUUGCUGUACAUUAUCAGUUGCUUAUUUUUGGUUUAACAUGUCAUAUAUCAUUGCAUUUCUGUUUUAUAUACAUGUUCGGCAUAAACAAACAUUUUUCCUUUUUUUUUCCUAUAUUUAUCAGUGAAUGUGUAUAUUGGGCAAAAUAUGUAAUCAUACCAUUGUAAUCACCCUGCCUUGAAAGUAAAGCUAUUGUUAUUGUGUGAAAGUAGAUUAAAAUACUUUAUAAAACUAAUUGUAUACUAGCCGUAAGUGGAUACCACAUAUUCAAACGUUGUUCUAUAAUUAAACUGAUAACUGCCAGAACAAUGAUAAUUGUUUUAUAUUCAAGUUUGAUAAUGAUAUUCUUUGUCAAACACACUUUCAGGAAAAGUUUUCAAAUCUAAAAGAAUUCCUUUUAAAAAAUUUUGGCGCUCAAAUUUCAUUCAGAAAAAAACUUAUAUUUUGAAACGGUCAGAUGAAAUUGUAUACGUGAAAUUUACAGCAUAUGCGAAAGAAAAAUAUUAUCGCUCUAUUCUAAGAAAGACUUUUAUUACAUACCUAUAUAAAUUCUGUAAAAGAUCGGCUUGUAUUUCACAAUUAAAUAUGAACAGGCAGAAAAAUAAUCCGUAUUGUACCUUUUAAAUUCCGUAUUGUUCCUUCCGUAUUGUAUGCUGCCGGACUACUUUCAUUAAUAUGCAUGACCUGACACUGUUCCAUAAAUAGCGCACAUAAAAUCUUCACUUAGUUCAAUUUUAAUAUCGAUAAAAAUUUCGUUCAAUAACAAAACAACAAAC